AUGCUUGCUAUGGCUGUGCCUGUGAUGGAGGGAACUCAACCUCAAGGCCACAACAGUAACAAACGAACGCUGAGAAAUAUUGUAUUGAAAAUUGAAAUUGAAACUGAAAAUAAUUUUGACGGUUUGAAAACUUAUUGUAGUGCAUCGUGAUUUGUGAAUUAUUGAGUUUCUAAAUCUGUUUUUGUGUCAUAUCUUUCUUGCGAUGUCACGCAAACAGUUCAUCAAUUUGCAUUGAAAUUUAACAACACUGCUAUUGUUAGCUAGACUACUUACUUCCAUUUUUACUUGAAUUUGCUUUUUUGGCGUCGCUGACCGAGCACCGGGAAGAUGGAAGCCUUGAUACCAGUGAUAAAUAAACUACAAGACGUAUUUAACGCAGUGGGGACAGACGCUGUUCAAUUACCUCAGAUAAUUGUUGUUGGAACCCAGAGUUCCGGCAAGAGUUCUGUGAUUGAGAGUCUUGUAGGACGUACAUUUCUGCCAAGAGGUGUGGGCAUAGUGACAAGAUGUCCUCUUCUUUUGCAAUUGAUUUACUGCCCCAAAGAGGAUCGAGAGAAAAGAUCAGCCGAAAAUGGCACUCUCAAUCUCGAAGAAUGGGGAACAUUCUUACACACCAGCGACCGGAUCUUCACAGAUUUCGAUGAAAUCAGGAAGGAAAUCGAGCUCGAAACCACUCGUAAGGCUGGACACAACAAGGGAAUAAGCAUUGAUCCCAUUGUUCUGAGAAUAUAUUCAACUUCAGUUUUAAAUCUGACAAUGGUUGAUCUUCCUGGAAUCACCAAGGUUCCAGUCGGAGACCAACCUGAUGAUAUCGAACAGCAGAUCAAAACACUAGUCUCUGUCUACAUCAGCAAUCCAAACUCGAUUAUUUUGGCCGUGGUUACCGCCAAUACUGACAUGGCUACCAGCGAAAGCCUCAAGCUGGCCAAGGAAUUUGAUCCUGACGGAAGACGUACUUUGGCUGUAGUUACCAAACUAGAUCUCAUGGAUGCAGGAACCGACGCUAUUGAUAUUUUAUGUGGCAGAGUGAUUCCCGUCAAACUUGGAAUUAUCGGCGUGGUCAACAGAUCUCAACAAGAUAUUAAUGAUCAAAAGCCAAUCGCUGAUGCUCUGCGUGAUGAAGCAUCCUUCUUGCAAAAGAAGUACCCAACACUUGCCACUCGUAAUGGAACUCCUUAUUUGGCAAAAACGUUGAACAGACUUCUGAUGCACCAUAUUCGAGACUGUUUGCCCGAAUUGAAGACUCGAGUGAAUGUAAUGGUCUCUCAGUUCCAAUCGCUUCUUAAUUCUUAUGGAGAUGACGUUUCCAACAAAAGUCAGAUGCUGCUCCAAAUCAUCACCAAAUUUGCUUCCGCUUACUGCAGCACUAUCGAAGGAACAGCAAGGAACAUCGAAACUACAGAACUAUGUGGUGGAGCAAGAAUUUGUUACAUAUUCCAUGAGACUUUCGGCAGAACUCUUGGAUCCAUUCAUCCUUUGGCGGGACUCACCAAGAUGGACAUUCUGACUGCGAUCAGAAACGCUACCGGACCCCGUCCUGCUCUCUUUGUUCCUGAGGUAUCGUUCGAACUGCUAGUGAAACGCCAGAUUCGACGUCUAGAAGAGCCAUCUCUGCGUUGCGUGGAACUUGUUCACGAAGAGAUGCAACGUAUUAUCCAGCACUGUGGCACCGCAUCCCAACAGGAAAUGUUGAGAUUUCCAAAGUUGCACGAGCGUAUUGUCGAUGUAGUUACCCAGCUUUUGAGGCAGCGCCUUCCUGCCACCAACCAGAUGGUUGAGAAUCUCGUGGCCAUUGAACUGUCUUACAUCAACACCAAGCAUCCUGACUUCCACAAAGAUGCUGCUCUGGUGUCGACCUUGGGUGAAGGACAGAGCCAGGAUGAUUCUACUUUCCGAGUCCACAAGCGGCCGCUCACCGUCUACAGAGACACCGCAGACCAAAACACCCCACACCCACACACCACACACAGGAGUCGAAGUGUUGGUAGACUGCAAAGCAGCGACAACGAAUCGAUGGUCAAGCCAAGUUUUAUGAACUUGAAGCAAAUGGAUUUAUCAACUGCCGAUCCUAACAUGCCGCUUCAAACGUCUUCACCCGUAGAUGAUCUUGUCAGUGCUAUGAAACCCAUCAAUCUUCUGCCUGAGGUCCCGACACAGACUUCAAGGAAAUUGUCCGAUAAAGAGCAGAGAGACUGUGAAGUAAUAGAACGACUGAUUAACUCUUACUUCUACAUCGUGCGGAAGUCAAUUCAAGACACUGUUCCGAAAGCGAUCAUGCAUUUUCUUGUGAACUAUAUUAAAGACAAUCUGCAAUCGGAGCUAGUUACUCAUCUUUACAAAUCCGAAAAAGCAGAUGAACUGCUCAGUGAAUCAGAGCUUAUAGCCCAACGCCGCAAGGAAGCUAGCGAUAUGCUCAAGGCUCUGCAGAAAGCCAAUCAGAUUAUUAGCGAGGUUCGCGAGACUCACCUGUGGUAGGUGAUCUGUUACCGGUGGCCCAGUAUUAUGGUAUUAAUAGUUGAUUCCUUUUGGGCCUGAUUGUUGUUCAGUUGAUCAGGCCCAACUUUAUAAUUCGUUAGCUUUGUUUUAGAAAAUAAGAAAAAACUUUAUCUUGAGACAGAUAAUUGUUUCACAAUUUACCUACUUGUUGUCGAAUUAUGAAUAGUGUUUAUUCUCAGAAAUUUCUGGUUGUAGGAUUUCUCUUAAUUUCAUUGCCAGUCAUUAUUUUAAAGAAAUGAUCCAAUGGAAUCCUACUCAGAAAAUUCUUGUUACCAAGAAUUGUUAUAAUGAUCUCUACAGUCAUUUCAGGCUGUAGGAUUUAUUAGUUAGCGUGAUAAUUUUUCUAAGUGAUAGUCAAUUUUGAUACAUUAUGAGUCAUUUUUUUGUAAUUUGUUGUCGGUCUGGUGUCUUUAGCAGCUGUUCAUCUGCUCAUUAGUUAUAGUUAUAUUUUGUUUUUUUCCCUCAAUAAUGAAAAAAUUUAUUAAUGGAAUCCUACUCAGAAAAUUCUUGUUACCGAGAAUUAUUACAAGGAAUUACAAGAAUUAUUACAAAGAAUUACAAUAAUUAUUGUAAUGAUUAUUACAAUGAUCUCCACAGUCAAUUUUGAUACAUUAUGAGUCAUUUUUUGUAAUUUUGUUGUUCUGGUGGUUUUAAGCAGCUGCUCAUCUGCUCAUUAGUUGUAGUUAUAUUUUGUUUUUUCUCUCAAUAAUGAUUUCUAUGACUUUGAUACAUUAUCAUUCUUCAAGUUAGUUAUUGAUGAGAUUUCUUAAGUUCAUAAUUUUUCUUCAAAUAAAUUCAAUUUUAUACAUCCUGAAAUGUUGAUUUAUCUAAAAAUCAAGCAAUGCUCUUGAUCUUCUGUUCGUAACUGUCAUUAAAAAAAAGAUACUACUCAGAAAAUUCUUGUUACCAAGAAUUAUUAUAAUGAUCUCCACUGACAUUUCAGGCUGUAGGUGUUUCGAUUAAUUGCAUUUAAAGUGUUAAUUUUUCUAAGGGAUAAGUCAAUUUUGAUACAUUAUGAGUCAUGUUUUGUUAUUUGUUGUCGUUCUGGUGUCUUUUAGCAGAUGGUCAUCUGUUCAUUAGUUAUAGUUAUAUUUUGUUUCCCCCUCAAUAAUGAAAAAAAUGAUCAAAUGGAAUCCUACUCAGAAAAUUCUUGUUACCAAGAAUUAUUAUAAUGAUCUCCAAAGACAUUUCAGGCUGUAGGAUUUUCGAUUAAUUGCAUUUAGCGUGAUAAUUUUUCUAAGUGAUAAGUCAAUUUUGAUAAAUUAUGAGUCAUUUUUUGUAAUUGGUUUUCUGGUGUCUUUUAGCAGCCGUUCAUCUGCUCAUUAGUUAUAGCUAUAUUUUGUUUUUCUCCUCAAUAAUGAUACCUAUGACUCUGUUACAUCAUCAUUCUUCAAGUUACUGAGCAAUUAUUGAUGAGAUUUCUUAAGUUUAUAAUUUUGCUUCAAAUAAAUUCAAUUUUAUCCUGAAGUAUUGAUUAUCUAAAAAUCAAGCCAUGUUCUUGAUUUUCUGUUUGUAACAGUUCAUUUCUCACUUAUCAGUUCAAUGUUCGUGUUUAUUGAAUUUUCCAGAUCUAAUUGAAUAAAUUAAUUUUGUAUUUGCAAUUAUCAUGUACCGUUUUAGUAACUUUAAAAAAAACUGUUCACCUGCUUAUUAGUUUUAUAUUUGUUCAUUUCUCUUGAUUUCUCGAUUAAUUUUGAUAAUAAUUUUCAUUAUCCAUCCAAGCCUUGUUCUCAGUAACUUACUGAAAUUGUUAAUGGCAUUUCUAUAUUCUUAAUAUUGCAGUUAAAGUUAAUUUUGAUACAUCAUUAAAUGUUGAUUUAUAAGUAUUGAGUUCUUCUGUCUGUAAUUGUUCAUUUUCACUACUAUUUUCGUUCAAUGUUGAUUUUUUGUAAAUCCAGAAUUUUCAAGCUUUAACAAAAUAAAUGUUCUAUUU